ACCAUGGCAACGAUGAACCAAAAGCUACAUUUAGCCGCCCCGUACAACAUUUUCUACAACACCAUCCCCUGCUUGCCCCAGCAAGACAACACGAUUUUCUUCACGGACUUGCUCUGCCCCAGCUUAGGCAAACUGAAAACGUCGCUCCAAAUCACGUUUAAAGUGGACAUCGAGUGGCUCAUGAAUCAGUACGACCAAAAACACUUGCGGUCCAAACCUCUAACGAUACUAUAUGGCGAAGAAAACCCAGAACUGGAAAAAUACGUCUCUGAUAAUUUACCGAACGUGAAAUCCCACUGUGUGGCGGUCAGAGACUUACACGGAAGCCACCGCUCAAAACUAGCGAUUUUCGUUUACGACGACGACUCAGUUCGAGUGGUGGUGUCCAGCGCGAAUUUGUACCAAGACCACUGGGAGCAUUUCAACCACUGCUUUUGGGUGAGUCCUUUAUGUCGAAUGUCUGAAUGCGCUCGUGAUUCCCCCACUGGCUUCAAAAGCGACAUUAUCCUGUUUUUAAAACAGUACAAACUGCCGGUUUUGGGAACCUGGAUUGACUAUCUACAUUUAGCCUCCCCGUACAACAUUUUCUACAACACCAUCCCCUGCUUACCCCAGCAAGACAACACGAUUUUCUUCACGGACUUGCUGUGCCCCAGCUUAGGCAAACUGAAAACGUCGCUCCAAAUCACGUUUAAAGUGGACAUCGAGUGGCUCAUGAAUCAAUACGACCAAAAACACUUGCGGUCCAAACCUCUCACGAUACUAUAUGGCGAAGAAAACCCAGAACUGGAAAAAUACGUCGCUGAUAAUUUACCGAACGUGAAAUCCCACUGUGUGGCGGUCAGAGACUUACACGGAAGCCACCGCUCAAAACUAGCGAUUUUCGUUUACGACGACGACUCAGUUCGAGUGGUGGUGUCCAGCGCGAAUUUGUACCAAGACCACUGGGAGCACUUCAACCACUGCUUUUGGGUGAGUCCUUUAUGUCGAAUGUCUGAAUGCGCUCGUGAUUCCCCCACUGGCUUCAAAAGCGACCUUAUCCUGUUUUUAAAACAGUACAAACUGCCGGUUUUGGGAACCUGGAUUGACUAUGUAAAGCGCGCCGAUUUCCAUGACGUGAGGGUGUUUUUAGUGACGUCGUUACCGGGCUGCCACCCCACCGAGCGACCCUGGAGCCUCCUCCAGCAAAUGGCGAUUCUCCUGGACAAUUAUUGUGACGUACCUGAUCAGAAGGACUGGCCUGUGGUGAUCCAGGCGUCGUGUUUGGGGAUGUACGGGGAAAAUGACAGGAACUGGUUGGAGUCCACUUUGUUGGUGAAUCUUCAGUCGACAGCUCCAUUCCAAAUAAUAUAUCCAUCGGUUGCUAACGUGACUACAUUCGUUAGACAUAAUUGCAAUGAUCUUGGCACUGCACUUGAAAUAAAAAUGUAA